AUGUAUUCCUUUUCAGAUAUGAAUAUUUUAUUAUGGAAGAAUUUCCAAAGGCUUCCUAAGAGCAGGUUGUUCCAGCCAAGAAUGCUGUGUCUGUAUAACAAUAGUCAUGGUUUUGAAGAAGAUGAAAUAAAGAAAAAGCUUCAGCAGUUUAUGGGUGGAUCUGUCAACCUGUCCAAAGAAGAUGAUGGGAUUGGACUCCUUACGCUGAACAAUCCAAGGUUUAUGAAUGCAUUUACAGGCACAAUGAUGAUAGAACUACAGGAGAGAAUUACUGAAUUAGAAGAUUGGAAAGAUGGGAAAGGACUUAUUAUCCGUGGUGCGGGAAAUACUUUUUGCUCAGGAUCUGAUCUGAAUGCAGUGAGAGCACUUUCGAGCUCUCAGGAUGGAAUGAACAUGUGUAUGUUCAUGCAAAACAACUUAACCAGACUCAUGAGGUUACCUCUAAUCACAGCUGCAUUAGUCCAAGGGAAAGCUCUAGGCGGAGGAGCAGAACUAACUACUGCAUGUGAUUUCAGGUUAAUGACUCCAGAGAGUGAAAUUAGGUUUGUCCACAAGCAAAUGGGCUUAGUGCCAGGCUGGGGGGGAGCUGCCAGGCUUACCCAAAUCCUUGGCAGCAGCCCUGCCCUCAAGCUGUUGAGUGGUGCUAUGAAACUGGAUCCACAGAAUGCCCUUCAUAUUGGUUUGGUAGAUUCCAUCUUGUCCUCAUCAGAUGAACAUGAGUCUUUGAGAGAAAUGCACACAUGGCUUAAGCUAUAUACCACAGGCCCUGCUGAAGUCAUUCAGGCUGUGAAGAAAGUUGUUUCAGCAGGGAGAGAGCUACAAUUAGAAGCUGCCUUGAGGAGAGAAAAAGAGGUAUUUGGAACAGUUUGGGGUGGUCCUGCUAAUGUGCAGGCAUUGGCUCAGAGAACAAAACAUAAAUGAGACAAUUUUCAUCUUACUUUCUUCAACUAAAACAGCUGCUGUCAAAGACUGGUGGGAAACCUUCUAAACAUUAUGAACUCUAGGUGUUAGCCUUAUUAGGACAGCUCUCCUGGAAUGCCACUGGCACCACAUUGACAAUUAACUAGAGGUGCAACCCCAGGCUUUUUUUAAACAACACUCUCAUUUUCUGGUCUUGCUUCUUUUCUUUCUACAAAGACCCCCACACUGAUGGUACCACCUAAUAUGAACCCAUUUGGAAAUUAAUGUGCAUAAAGUGGUAUGUUUUUAUAAUGUAAGAACUGUAAGACUUCAGAAAAUAAUUUUCCUCAGAAUUUUUAAACCCUGGCAUUAUAUGUGGUUUGUAUAUAUAGAUUUUGUGUUGAGAAGCUGCCUUUUUAAAGACAGGUUUAGUUGACAUUAGUAACCUCAACUCAAAAGUCCUGAGAUGAUCACAGAUAAUUUAUGAUUUGCACACAUCAUACCUUUGAAUAAACUAUCUCAUUGUGAAUUGACUCAUAACCCCGAAUCGAAACUGAAAAAUGCCAAAUGCUUUUUGUUUGCAUUGUUAAGUAGUUCCUUCUGUACUUAUCUAUAAGCAAAGCUCCUGCCUUCAAGCUUCACAUCUGAUUACUAGAUUCUUGUUCUGUGAACAGAGCUCUUGGAGACACCCGUUUCAUUGUGAAUUUAUAAAGUUGAAAUAAGGAAGAAAUAUUCCCUGAGCUGUAUGGCAAAAUUUGACAUUUUUGAUAUUUGUACUACCAGUUGCCACAUCUGUGAAAUUUAUUUAAUGGCUUGAAGUCUGUGCAGCAAGUAGAUAGUACCAACAAUCUAAAUAUAACAUUCCAUUGACUUUACCUGUGCUAAUUAACUUGUAUGAAGCAUCUUGGAUGAACCAGUGUUUUUCAGAUGUCCAUAUGCACAUUUACUUGACAUAACAUGCUAGAAGUAAAGUAUCUGCUGUAGUUCUCAGUGCAUUCUGCAUAUAGCAUGUUCAGCUUACACUAGCCAGUCAUAGUGUAAACAAGGUUAUGCAACAUUUGUGCUGCACUUCCCAAAAUGCUUUGGAAUACAUAGUAGUAAACAGAACACUUGAAUUUAAAUUUUUCCAACAGAACUUCAUUUUCCCAGGACAGUGCAGAAGUUGGGUUCUUUAUUUUCUGGAGGACUAUUCUGAAAUCAAAUCCAAACAACUGCAUAACUAAAAAUUAAUUUUGAUGAAUAAGCUUAAGCUAUAUUAGUACAUUCAACAAUCUAGGAACCAGAUGAGGGAAUAAUAUCUUUGCUCAUUAGCUGAGAUGGCAUACAACACAACUG